UAUUCAUCACCUCACCUCACCUCACCUCCCAAGCCAUACACAACAGAUUGAUACCUACCUUAUACCAAAUCUGCCUUGGUAGUAUUACUAUCCUACUAUUGAGUUUUUCUUGUAGCCAUGGCUCCAUCCGCGAUCCCUUCCACAGAUUAUAUGUCCGGACUCGACAAUGAUACGACUAUAAUUCUUCAGACACCGACGGAGAUCGGUUCUGGCCAACGUUACGACUCCGUCAAACCAGUCCCGUUGGUUCACACAGUCGAAAUUCUAGAGGAUGAUGUCGUCACAACUCCCACUAUCGAAGAAGUUGCUGUCGUGUCACCCUCUGUACGGGAUGAUGCAGAUAAGGAUGACGGACCGCUGCAGCUCAGCCACAUCGUAUCUAGCAUCCGGGAACCUACAUCUGGCGCCAAGAAGCUCCGCAAGAUGUUGUUUGAGACUAACGAGCUUAUCGUCUGCCCUGGUGUAUAUGAUGGCCUUUCGGCUCGUACCGCCAUGGAACUAGGCUUCAACGCUAUGUAUAUGACCGGCGCAGGUACUACGGCCUCACGUAUCGGUCAGCCAGACUUGGCCAUCGCUCAGCUUCAUGAGAUGAGAGAGAAUGCCGAGAUGAUAGCUAACCUUGAUCCGUUUGGUCCACCCUUGAUCGCCGAUAUGGAUACUGGAUACGGCGGACCUAUCAUGGUCGCUCGUACCGUAGAGCAGUAUAUCCGUGCCGGAGUAGCUGGUGCUCAUCUAGAAGAUCAAGUCCUCACCAAGCGCUGUGGCCACCUAAGCGGCAAAAAGGUCGUGCCUCAAGAAGAAUACAUCUCGCGUAUCAGAGCUGCUCACGCCGCACGGGUGCGGUUGCAAUCCGAUUUCGUGUUGAUCGCACGUACCGAUGCUCUUCAAACGCUUGGAUACGAUGCUUGUAUCUCGCGACUACGAGCAGCCCGGGACGAAGGUGCAGAUGUCGGGUUGCUCGAGGGUUUCACUUCCAAAGAACAAGCAGCUCAGGCUGUCAGAGAUCUUGCACCUUGGCCACUUCUACUUAACUCCGUUGAGAAUGGUAAGAGCCCGCUGAUCACAGUGGAGGAAGCUCACAAGAUGGGUUUCCGUAUCAUGAUCUUCAGCUUUGCGACCUUGGCACCCGCCUACGUUGCCAUCCGCGAGACCCUUCUCCGUUUGAAGAACGAGGGUAUCGUUGGGACGCCGAAGCAGAUCACACCCGUGAAGAUAUUCGAGGUAUGUGGGCUACAGCAUAGCAUGGAGGUUGACAUGAACGCCGGAGGCACGUCCUUUGUAGGAGGAUUAUAACUUCACCAUUCACUGGAUUGGGUACAUAGGUAUAUAUAU